AUAUUUUGAUGAUCAGCAGAGAUGAUGAAGAGUACUCUCAAAACUCCAUUCAGAGGCAUUGUCGAUGAUUUUAGAGGAAGAGCAACUUGCUACCAGCGCGAUUGGCUUGCUGGACUUACAUCCGGAAUAUCGUAACUAUACUAUGCUUUUUACAUUGAUAAUAUUGUUUUCAGAAAUUUUUUGAAAACAAUAUUGAACAUAUUCUUUGUUUCUUUUUUCUUAUCUAACUGAUGCUUCUUUUGAACAUAUAUCAGGAUAUUGGCUCCAACUACUUACAUAUUUUUUGCAUCUGCUCUUCCAGUGAUUGCCUUUGGAGAACAAUUGAGCAGAGAUACAGGUUUUUUUUUUCUUUUUCUUUUUUCACAUUUCAACUUUAUUACAUAUCAAGAAAAUUAAUGAACACUAAUAUACUAUGGAUUUAUUUUGUAUCUAAAUUAGAUGGGAGCGUGAGCACUGUGGAAACUUUAGUUUCAACAGCUAUAUGUGGUAUAAUACACUCCAUAUUCGGUGGGCAGCCUCUUUUAAUAUUAGGAGUUGCAGAACCUACUAUUAUUAUGUACACUUACAUGUACAAAUUUGCCAAAGGGAGAGAAGAUUUGGGACAGACUCUUUACUUGGCUUGGGCUGGAUGGGUUUGUGUGUGGACGGCACUCAUGUUGUUUCUUUUAGCAAUAUUUAAUGCCUGCAACAUUAUCAAUCGAUUUACAAGGAUAGCUGGGGAGACAUUUGGGAUGCUCAUUUCUGUGCUUUUUAUACAAGAGGCAAUUAAGGGGUUAGUAAGCGAGUUCAAAGUUCCCAAAGCUGAGGACCCAAAUUUAGAGAAAUAUCAAUUCCAAUGGCUCUAUACAAACGGCUUACUUGGAGUUAUAUUUUCCUUUGGCCUUCUCUACACAUCAUUGAAAAGCAGAAAAGCAAGGUCAUGGUGGUAUGGAACAGGUUGGUUCAGAAGCUUUAUUGCUGAUUAUGGUGUUCCAUUAAUGGUCCUUGUUUGGUCAGCACUCUCAUAUAGUGUGCCAAGUAAAGUGCCAUCUGGAGUUCCCAGAAGGCUCUUUAGUCCCCUUCCUUGGGAAUCUGCAUCUUCACACCACUGGACUGUAAUUAAGGACAUGGGGAAGGUUCCUCCAACAUACAUCUUUGCUGCCUUAAUUCCAGCUCUAAUGAUAGCUGGACUUUAUUUCUUUGAUCACACUGUUGCUUCACAAAUGGCACAACAAAAGGAAUUCAAUCUUAAGAAUCCUUCUGCUUAUCAUCAUGACAUCUUGCUCUUGGGAUUUAUGACUUUGCUUUGUGGUUUGAUUGGAGUUCCUCCUUCAAAUGGUGUCUUGCCACAGUCCCCUAUGCAUACAAAGAGUUUGGCUGUUCUCAGGAGACAGCUGAUUCGGAGGAAGAUGGUCAAAAGUGCCAAGGAGAGUAUAAAGCGAAAGGCUAGUAAUUCCGAAAUUUAUGGCAAUAUGCAAGCAGUUUUUGUAGAGAUUGAUAGUUCUCCUGAUACAACAGUAGCUAAAGAGUUGGAACACUUGAAGGAGGCAGUAAUGAAAAGUACUGAAAAUGAUAACGAGGGAAAUGCAGAGUUCGCAUUUGAUCCUGAGAAACACAUAGAUGUCUACUUGCCUGUCCGAGUGAAUGAGCAAAGAGUGAGCAAUCUAUUACAGUCGCUACUAGUAGCAGCAUCAGUUUGUGCUAUGCCAGUGAUAAAGAAGAUACCAACCUCAGUUCUUUGGGGAUAUUUCGCCUAUAUGGCUAUUGACAGCCUGCCUGGAAAUCAACUCUGGGAAAGAAUAUUGCUUCUCUUCAUCACUCCUGGGAGGAGAUUUAAGGUCCUUGAAGGGGUGCAUGCAUCUUUUGUGGAGUCGGUGCCAUUCAGAUACAUUGCAAUUUUCACAGUUUUCCAAUUUAUGUACUUAUUAUUAUGCUUUGGAGUCACUUGGAUCCCCAUAGCUGGCAUUCUCUUUCCCUUGCCAUUUUUUCUCCUUUUAAGCAUAAGACAACAUCUACUACCCAAGAUUUUCCAGCCUCAUCAUUUGAGAGAGCUAGAUGCAGCUGAGUAUGAGGAAAUUCCUGGUGUCCCUCAACGUUUGCGCAGCUUCUCUUCUAAGGAAAAGGAAGCACCUCCUCAUGGAGCUGAGGAAGGUGAAGUAGACAUUUGUGGUGCUGAGAUAUUAGAUGAACUUACAACCAGAAGAGGGGAAUUCAAGAUCAGGAGCAAGAGCUUUAACGAUGAUAAACGCCCACAGGUUCAUGCAACAACAGAGAAUUUGAGUAGUUGAUCAGCUGGGGAGUCAAGGAGACAGAGACCAAAAGUAGUCUUGAAUAUUUUUCUCACUAAGACUAAUCCUGGAAUUUUGCUCAUGUACACUUUUUCAAAUGGAAAUCAACAGGGAAAAUACCAACACUGAAUGGAUUUAGUUCAAUAUAUGAAGGAACACAUACUAUGUUGAACCAAGAAGGGUCUUUCAUUUGAUUAUUCGAAAAUUUUGUAUAAAUACAUGUAAAAUACAACAAUACAUCAUUUUUUUUAACUCUCUUGCUUGUAUGACAUGAAAAAGAAAAAAGAAAAGAGCAACACAUCAACUAUAGUACGUAUUACAAGGAAUAUCAUAUCAGCAUUCCGUCAUGCAUAAAACAUAAACUGAAUCAACAAUUAUCAGACUUAAAUAAUUAAAAGGAUCUAUGGACGGUGGGGAUUGCGAACUCCAACCAAUCUCACAUCAUCGACCACAGGACCACACAACGAGCCCGAAUUAUCACUCUUCAUAUGAUAAUACGUGCUCAAAAACCUCACUCUAGUACGUGGUGCAAUCGCCGUGAACCUAAGUCUAGCCCUUUUGAAUCCACCUUUACCUUUAGAUUCAUAAGGAAAUUGCCUAGUAAUUUUCCCUGCAAAUGCCUCAACAAGCAUGGAUCCUUCACAAGAAU